AUAUCUUUCUUCGGUACGGUUCUUCCAUCUCUAUAUACUCGUACACAUACUUGUCCAAGCGUGGUUGAAAGUGCUUGACUUGAACUCAGCUAAAGGCGUUCAUCGAGCUUCCCCUAGCUUCUGACGAGACCCCUCCCUCUCCGUCCCUGCAAUCCGUCGGCCAUAAAUGAUCGCCACAGGUCGCCACCUAUCUCCAUCAGCUUUUGACGCACAUAUUUGGCCACCAUGACCCCCUCUGCAACGACCCUCGUCUCUGAGCCCACCCAUAACGCCGCCCUGGGUGCCCUUGGGCGCACUGUCACUGGCAAACCCCUCAAAAUCCGCUCCUACCCCAACUUCACCACCCUCCUCGAAGAACGCAUAUACCGAAAACAGCAUCUCGCGGCCGCGUUUCGCGUCUUUGCAGACCGCGGCUUUGACGAAGGUGUUGCGGGCCACAUCUCCGUCCGGGACCCCAUCUUGACCGACCAUUUCUGGCUGAAUCCGCUUUCAAUGCACUUCAGCCAGAUUCGGGUUUCUGAUUUGAUCUUGGUGAACGAGCAAGGCGAGGUAGUAGAGGGCGAGGAGCCUAUCAAUGCCGCGGCGUUUGCGAUUCAUUCUGAGAUUCACAAGGCAAGACCGGAGAUCAAUGCGGCGUGCCAUGCGCAUAGUGUAUAUGGGAAAGCGUUCAGUGCGUUUGGACGUGAGUUGGACAUGAUCACCCAGGACGCGCUGCGGUUCUAUAAAUCACACAGCGUAUAUGACUCCUUUGGCGGCGUUGUAUUGGACAGGGAGGAAGGCAGGCGCAUUGCGGUAUGCUUGGGAAAGGGGAAGGCCUGUAUACUGAUGAAUCACGGGCUGUUGACCGUGGGGGAGAGCGUAGACGAGGCAGCGUUUUGGUUCAUUAGCUUGGAUAAGACAUGCCAUGCGCAGCUUCUGGUGGACGCGGCUAGGGCUGGGAGUGGAAGAGAGCCAAAAUUGAUUGGAGAGGAGGAGGCAAGGUUUAGCUAUGAGCAGGUAGGUUUACCGGCGAAGGGGUGGUUAGCAUUUCAGGGAUAUUUUGAUGAGCAGGUUGCGAAGACCGGAGGCAGUCUUUUCAUGUAGUCAAGUAGAAAAUUACAUGAAUUGUAGGCAUACAUGUUUCCCCAGCGUCUGCGAAAACUUCAACACAAGAUAAUAGCAUUGACACACCUAUGUACAAUUGAUGUGCAAGUAUGGAAACCAAGGGGCGGCGUUACCAGAGCAACGAAGCAUAUAAUAAUAAUAAGUACCUAUUGGGGACUAACCACAGUGCCUACGAGUACAUAUGCAGUA